GACAAAGACAAACCUGUGGUGGCCUACGCCAGUAAAACAAUGGCAGGCCCUGAGCUAAAAUACUCAGACUGUGAGAAGGCCCUACUGACCACUGUGUGGGCAGUAAAACACUUCUCUAACUACAUGGGCGGACAAAAAAUCAUUGUGGAAACACAACAUCAGCCAGUGACUUUCCUAAACAGCCAACGCAUCAGGGAUGGCGUAGUGACAAACUCACGUGUGGCCACGUGGCUCAUGGCACUACAAAGUUUUGACAUAGACAUCCGCUAUGGACAAAACAAAAAAUCCCAUCUAGGAACCGACUUGGCAAUCUGCCAAAGCUGUACACAAGAUGUACCAGCAACAGAUACGCCAGUCGACAAAAAGCCUCAAAUAAGUGAGGAUCCAAAUCAACACUACUUUGAUGCUAACAUCUG